GCUCAGCUGCUCUUUUUGCCGCAGUGUGGAAACCCACCUGAGAUACUUCAGCCCCGGAGCAUGAAGGCUCAUGUGUGAGUGGAGCUUCUUCUCGUUCGGAAAAGGCACUUUUUCUCUAUGGCGUCUGAGCAGCAGUCGAGGAUUCAGUCCUACCUGGAGAAGAACAAGAUUGGACCCUUGUUCGAGGAGAUGAUGACCAAGCUUAUUACUGAGACUCCAGACCACCCUAUCCCAUUUCUGAUUGGUCACCUGCAGACGAAGCAGGAAAGUCCAGGCCGGCUGCAGAGGACACUGUCUGGCUCUGCAGCACUGUGGGCAGACAGCGGCAAUCCAGAAAACAAAAGCAAUCGGCGGGAUUUCAGGAGUUACGACAAAGCCUGGCAGAUUCACCCCAAAAAGCCCAAGAAAUCAAAAAGUGACCUGGCAGUGUCCAAUAUAUCCCCACCCUCACCUGAGUCCAAAUCAUUGCCACGUUCAAUAGAGCACCCCUCCUGGGAUUGGAGGAGCAAACCUGAGAGCCGGGACUUUGACGAGCUCAACCACAUCCUGCAGGAGAGCAAGAAGCUGGGCAAAGCGCUGGAGAACCUGUCCCGAAGUAUUGCCUUAUCUGAUGAGCUUGACCAGGAUCCGCGAGUCUAUAACUCUGUGCUGAGGCCUCGUGUGGUCGGGGAGUGGGUUGGACGUGAUGAGGAUGACUCGGACCCCCUGGCGGCAGAGAUGCUGCAGCCUCCUGUCCCUCGGGCCAAGACUGAGAGCUGCUGGGGCAGUGGAGAGAACAGCCCUGCUGGGAGUCUGAAGAUGGAGGUGAAGAGUAAAGGGCCGAAGCAGCAGCAGCAGCACCAUAAGAAGCUCCUGGCGGCCAUGCUGUCCCAGGACUCUUUAGACUCCAUGACCAGCUCCGCCCCUUCAGUUACAGAGGACGAGAUGGAGGACGAGGACGACGCUAUGGAACUGCUGGAGGAUCUGGAUGAUUUGCGGAUGGAAGGGGUCACUGGCCUGGUGCCGUCCGGCAGUAAGUUCAGCCAGGGCCGCAGCUCAUACUGCCCAGAGCCUCAGGCCAAAGUUACACUCAACAUCUGCUCAAGGUGUGCAAGGCUUCAGGGGGACAGUCUCACGCCAGGCGGAGCAGCUGAGGAACCAGCGCCCAAAGUUCCAGAGCAGGCCGUACCUGAAGUAACGUGUCCGUUGCCUGCGGUGACUGAGUCUGUGACUGCAGCUGAGUUGGAGCUCCAGAGCGUCUCUCAGGUUUCAGCGCAGCGCUACUCCGUCUGGUCGUCAGAUCUGAAGCCCGUUCGGGGCACGAGUCCUCAGGCCCAGAGACGAGCUCUACAGCUGCAGGAGUUACUCUUCUCUAAAGAACUGGAGAACAUGGGCAAGCAUCUCGCUGAAGUGGAAAAGGACCUGGCCAAGCUGGCUGAACAGGGGAAGUUAAGCAGAAGUCCUAAUAGCCCACACAACCGUCCAGUGCUAUCCACUAAUCUCCACACGUCCAGUACUCUGCCAGUGCCUGGCCUCAGCUCCAGGCCACAGUCACCUAUCAAAACGACCGGGCUUCCGCUCCUCAGCACCAAACCCACCUCCCUGAGCAUGAGCCGCUCACAGUCUCCUAGCAACCCCAGCAGCCGGGCUCAGACCCCUGGCAGCCGGGCCCAGACCCCCAGUGGCACACGGACCCCCAGCAGGCCGCUGACACCAAACAGUCUGAUGAUGCGGUCCCUACCCACCGGUAGCCAUGGCAACACGGAGCGUGUGUAUGGGCGCUCCAGAAGCAGACCCGUAACCCCAACUGGACAAACAUAUACCCGACCUCUACUGACCCCUCCAGGCCUCAGCAGCACGGACAGCUUCAGCUUCAGUCUACGCAGCACACUGUCAGAGGAUGAGUUCUACCAGCAGUUACAGGCGGUCAGGCAGCCGUGGCUCAUCCCCAGCGACACGGACAGUGACUGCCUGGAGCCUCCAGAGCAGGACAAGUGUAAUCAGAGUGGAAUGAGAGACGCCAAUAAAAGAUCAGUGUUUUCAGGCUUAUAAUGACUGACGACCGAAGACGUGGACCCAAUCAAACAUUUAUGCAAUCUAACGGGGCAUUUUGAAUAUUGUGAAUAAACCAGAGAGACACUUAUUUUUAUAGUUCCAGUAAAAAAAGAAAAGAUUGUGUACUUUUUUUUCCACAGAGGAUAAUAUUUCUUAGAUCCUGGCACAUUUGUAUGCUAUAAGUACGAAUACUUGAAACUAGCGAAUGUAAAAUGUUGAUGAGAAUGACUUGUCUCUGCUUUUGAUUUGCCUUUUUAGCAUGCUUCCCAUUGCAGAAUUCUGGAGAAAA